CGAGUGAACAUCAAAUAUGCAAGUACUUAUGUUGAAGGAAGCAUCACGAUGACGAUCACAUUAUCGCGUCAAAGAAUUACUUAGUACUCCACAUCAACAGAGAUCACGCGGCUAACAGGUAAACGAAUGAGUGAAUACGUAAUCAAUAUCUUCUACUUCUACGUGCUUCUACAACGACUGAUGGACAAUACUACUCCCAGUAAUCCCGUUACCGAUACCCUCCAUAAGUACUUAGUCAUCAGGUGAUCUGUGGAGUUGCGCCCCCGCCUCGCUGCAGCCUUGAUUUCUAAGGACACAAGGCAGUGACAGUUUCUAUGGCCGUGUUUUUGGAUUUUAGUUCGUAAGUGGUCAUAUUCGAGACAGCACAUCGUCCCACCUUCAUCUCUACAUAUUUUCACUUUUUUUCCCUCUUUUUAAUCCAAUGCUGGAAAAACAUGAUGAUGAUCUUCAUAAGCAUACUUUUCUAUUCUCUCAUCUCUCUGUAUCUGUUUCUAAAUCACAGUAUCUAGAGUCACAACAACUGUAUCUACUGAUAUUUUAAGUGUGAAGAUGUACUUAAUAAACUUGACCGGAUUACUCAAAUUUCAAGUUGAGUUUCAUUGUGAAGAAUUAUAGGGCUCAAUAAAAUCUCCAUGAAAGAAACAGGGUUUGUCUCGCAUCGAGCAAGAACUUUCUCGCUGAAAGAUGGUGCUAAGAUGUGUGUGAAGUUUUUUUUUCAGACCCUUCGUUUUUCUUUUUCCUGCAUUAUUAUGAGGAGGCUUUUCUAUCUACUACACUUAGGGCCUCCGAAUUCCGCCCUGACACGAAAAAUUGUGAUGAAGCUCAUUUGUUUUUGACGGGGUUUCUGUUCCUCCUUCUGUAGGAGGUUCGCUCCCGCAGAAGUACUGUUAUAAACUAAAAGACUGUGGCAGUGGCUGUAUAUCUAGCGGAGGCCCCGCCUCAACAGGUGCAUAUAGAUCAGUGGAUCCUGGUCUAGUACGUCAAGAGGCGCGGAUCCGUUUCUGUGCACAUUGGCAUCAUUAUCGUUAAGAGUUAUAGUUUUUUCUUUCUGACCGUUGGCAACGUGCUUGAGAGUCUAGGCAGGACUUCAUCAUGAUGAGUGUUAACACUCGAUCUCUAUCUAACUUCUGGCACUUUUCUUUUUACGCAGUUGAUAUUUCUCCUACCCAGUUGAUAUUGCCAGUCGUUGUAUUGCCUCGAUCUUCUGUUUCGAAAAUGAAAGGUCACCUAGUCCUAGUACAAGUCACCCUAAACAAAACGAGUGAUCAACAUUGAGGUAUACUCCAGUUACUUGAUAUGCUGUUGUGAAACACCAACUUCGUGCUUCUAUGUACUUAAUAUUUUCUGUGGGUGCUGCCCUUGGUGGCUAUGGCUAUAAUUUCCGUCCAUGUAAGUACCUAUAUAUUUAUAAGUAUUCCACUGCUUUCCGCAUGAGGAAUUUUAGUGGAAAGAACAAGACCACCAAAAUAUGGCUGCUUUCCGCGUCAGGAGUUUUAGUGGAAAGAACAAGACCACCAAAAUAAGGGGGGUUGUACUUUGUAGCUAUUAUUCGUCUGACUUGGGAGCAGAAGCUAGAGGUACUUCUAGAUCGUCUCACGAAGUAUUGCAACUACCUGUGGCUAAAAACCUCUCCUAUGGUUAGCAUUAAGCCUAGCAAGGCCGAUCAUGAUUUUCACGUUGCGUAGCUGUAGCUGCCUCGCCGUCGUGCUUCAGGCUUCUCGCUCGGGUAAUUAGAUAAAUGAAACUGUAGCGAGAAUAGUCGACCGAAGUAACAAAAAGAAACUCUCGCGGAGGCCUUAUAAAUGAAUGAAUGAUGAGAAAAAAAAAUGGCAACAACGAACUACAGCAACUUUUUUUCUUUUAUUUUUGCUGAGUCGAUUUUACAAAAAUUAUUCGACUGUCGUGUCUACUUUGGCGAGUUUUUACUACCCGCCUUCAGCUUUCAUAGUGGCGAGCCAGUACAGGAUUGGUCAUGUCAUGUUAUUUGUCUGCGGACGAUAUUGCUCUACAAUAGAAGUUGAUGCUGUGCCC